AACCAGAAACAAAGUAGUUAACUUAUCGUUGUGACGACGAUCACGUAGAUAUUAAUAAGAAAAUGUAAGUUUACAUCAAACAUCGUUAAAACGCUAUUGACGCCAUUCCGUCCGGGGUGGAAACGACACCGGAAGAGACGGAGAGGGAAUCAUCUGAGUCGAGUUUACAAAAUAAAAGCCUCUGUGUGUGGAACUUGGUUUCCAUGGCCACAACCAGAUUUUAACCAACAUGACACAGAAACUUUAAACUUGCAGUGAAGUAAAAAAAAAAGUGGAUGUAAAAUCAGCUUAAAUCAGCUGUUUGAGCGACAACAAUGGAAACUGAGGAGAAAACUGACAAUACGCAGCGGUCAGAGCAGCAGGGUUUGGUGGACGAGGCCCGGAGAAAAGAAAACAACACCUCCAAGGAGGCUCCAGGGGGGAAACGUCCUCAGAGAUCCCACCCGCAGGGGAGCGCCAUCGUCCAGAGCAAGGCCGCGGAGCAUUACUCACAUGGAGAAGAUGCCACGGGAAGGUUCCAGUACGAGAAGGCCGUGAUCUGCUUCUCUAAAGCCGCCACGCUGCAGCCACAUCAGACUCGGCUGUUCGCGGCUCAGGCGGAGGCCUACCUGCAGCUCUGUGACUUCCAGUCAGCGGCAGCCUGCUAUCAAAAGGCCUGUCUGCUGGAGCCCGGAGCUUUCAGCGGCCGCUUGGCCUUCAUCUACUACCUGCAGGGCCAGUGUUUGUUCGACCGAGGUCUUUUCCCCGAGGCUCUGGAGGCCGUCAGCAGAGCGGCCGGGGUGGCGCCCGGCUGCAGGGCCCACGCAGUGAGAAGCCUGGUCUGUCUGGCAGCGGCAGGUCGCCACGCCGACUGUCUGAAGUUGGUCAACGACUGGAUGGCGUCUGAUGGCGCGACCUCCGACCUUCUCGUCCUCAGAGCCCGACUGCACAGACGACUCCACCAGACGUCCCGGUGUCACCAGGACGUGAGGUCGGCGUUGGCGUUGAACCCGACGUGCCCGGAGGCCGGAGCGCUGCUGCUGCAGCUGCGGCGGGCCGCUGAACGGGCGCGGCAGCGGGCGGUGGGCCGAGCCGUGUCGGGCCGGCUGUCCGAGGCCGUCUGCGAGAUCGACGUGGCUCUGGAGAACUGUCCGCACGACGCUCGCCUCUACCUGUUCAGAGGGAUUCUCUACCGGCGUCUGAAAGACUUCACCGCCGCCAUCGAGGACCUGGUCCAGGCGGUGGAGCUGAGCGAGGGGGCAGGGGAGGAGCAGCAGGAGGUCAGGGGUCAGGCGGAGGCCCGAGACGGGGAGGACGACGAGCAGCGCUCUCUGGAGGAGGAGGCGGAGUUCCAGCUGGUACUCACCUACAACGACUUCGCCGUCCAGUGCUUCGGCCGAGGCCUGUUCGCAGAAGCUGCUCUGCUGCUCAACAAGGCCGUCGACGAGGAGAAGGGCCAGGCCGGCCUGUACCUGAACCGAGGAGACUGUUUCUUCAAGCAGGGCGAGUGGUCUUACGCUCUGGCCGACUACCAGCAGGCCGAGGAGAUGAUGCGGCCCGACGACCCGGCUGUCCGGCGGCGCCUCGCUGUCCUGCACAACACGUUGGGCUCACUCCACUUCCAGGACGGGCGUUUCCAGGAGGCGGCGGACAUGUUUUCUGUCGCCGUCCGGUACGACCCCUCCGCGGGUCGGUACUACGAGAACAGAGCCCGGAGCUUGAGACGGGUCGGGAACCCGGUGGGAGCCAGACGGGACCUGAUCCGAACUCUGGUGCUGGAUCCGACCAGCCAGGAGCUGCCUCCUAUGCUCACGGACCUGUUCCCCGGUCGCAGUGCGUCUGAUGUUCUGUCCAGUCCAGCAGGACAAGAGGUCAGAGGUCAGCUGACGGCCUCCGUCUCCGAGCAACAAAGACUGAGUGAGAAGGUGACGCCUCUGACCAAUGAGGCCGCGGCGAGUCGGUCACGUGACCCGGCGGCGGCGGGGGAGGAGCCGAGGUCGUGCGUCGACCAGCAGGAGGCGGGGCUCACUGUGAGGAGCCUCCUGCAGGCGCUGAUGGGAAAACCAUCAGAGCGGUUCUGACCCAGUUUCAUCACUGGUGACGAUCAGUCAGGUCACACAAACUGACACUGAUGGGACAGAACAACGGGUCUAGAAACCUAUUCCUAAAACCUCCACAAACAAAAAACAAAAACCUGUGGUAUUGUCCUUUAAUUCAGGAUGCUGUGAUGUUCUGAGGCCAGUAGGUGGCGGCAGAGACACAGUGUUUCAGUGUGAUGGUGAUUCUGAUUUCAUGAGAUUUAAAAGGUUUGACUCUUUUUGAACUUUAGACACACACACACACACACACACACACACACACACACAGUUGGACAGUUCAAGGACAUUUUUCACAGGCAGAGUUAAACCGUCCUGAGUGUGUGUGUGUGUGUGUGUGUGUGUGUGUGUGUGUGUGUGUGUGUGUGUGUGUGUGAGAGAGACACCUGAUUUACACUGUUGAAUAAAAUGAUACUAAACUGAUGCAGAUCAGUUGAUUCUAGACACAAAAAAUAAUAAUACAUUUUAAUCUUCAAUAAUUCGUACAAGUCAAAUCAUCUGCAUGAAAGGAAGAGAAGAGUACAUGUCAGUUUUCUUUUCUUUUUAAAACUCAUACGUCUGAUGUUUCUGAACCAGGGUGAUGAUCUGAGUAACGUCGACCGUUUGGACAGAAGCUUAAUGUGAAAUGAAACAUUUCUAAAGAAUAAGAGAAGAAGAAGUGAGGUUACACACAGAGUAAUAUCCCAAAUAAGAAAACUCCAAGAUCUCCAAGACUAAAUAAAGUAUAUUUAAGAUAAAAGUAAUUACAUAUUCCCCGAGAUUAAAGUUGUAAAAAAUUUUACUUGGGAAAAAAACAGGAUAUUAUUUGAGAUUAAAGUCGAAAAAAACUAAACACAAUAAAAAACUAAACCUUUAAAGUUCUUUACGAUUUCCAACUUUACUCAAGCAAACUUUCCCCUUUUUAUUAUAAAUAUAUUAAUCAAGAGAUCAUAUUUUGUUCAAAUGAAUAAAUAUUAUUUCAUAUUUACAAUGUUCUUGUCCAACAUGUUGGUUCAAUGUUCCCUGAAUAAAUAACGACACAGACGCUCAUUUGAA